GCGCUCAUGGCUGACUCAGCAGGAGCUCACACAUAAUCUUCUUCUUCUUCGCAUUUUUGUAGAGAUAAGACCGAGAACUGGGCGUACAACAGACUCCUCGACGAGGGCGGACAACAGUGCAACGAAGAAGUACUCUGCUUUUGGCUCGAGAACUCAAGAACAGGGAUCAGAGAACCGAUGGCUACGUUCGCGACGUCGAGGGCGGCGGUGAUGGGGUCGGCUCGCCCGGGGCGGGUGGCCGGGCCUCGGCGGUGCGUGGUGACGCGCGCGUCCGCCAUGAUGGCGGCGACCGGGAGAACGCACUACGAGGUGCUCGGGGCGGGCGCGGGAGCUAGCAGGGUGGAGAUCAAGGCGGCGUACCGGCGUCUGGCUAGGAAGGUGCACCCGGACGCUGCUGGUGGCGGCGGCGACGAGGGGUUCAUCCAGCUGCACGCGGCCUACGCCACGCUCGCUGACCCCGACGAGCGCGCUCGCUACGACAGGGACGUGGCCUGCCGCGCCGCGGGGAUGAUGAUGCGGCGGGCGGCAGCGACGUCCGGACCGGCGUUCAGGCGGAGGACGUGGGAGACCGACAAGUGCUGGUAGAACGUACAGCAACGCAAACACGGCUGCCGUCCGGGCUCCCAACCGGCGGCCGCCCGGUUCGCUCAGGCACGGCGCUGGAGAGGUCUUCCCGACUGUCGUGCAACGUACGAUCAGGAUUGGACGGCCCAGAUCGGGUGAUGCAGACGCGGGAGCUCUCUACACAGCAAGAGGCGUUUUUAAAGAUCUCUUGCGUGUCUGGUCAGCAAAAUGCAAAUAUGUAAUCUAAUUACUGUAAAUUAACGGCCAAGGAAUAUAUAUUGUGUAGCUCUUUUUCUGAA